GAAGAAGGGGUUUAGAGGGGGAGAACUUCGUAGCAGUCAUCCUUUUUAGGAAAGGAGGGAAAAAUAAAACCCUCCCCUCACGGCUUUACCCCCACCCCUUCACCAGCACCACCACACACAGCGAGCUCGCCUCUCGUGGAGCACACGGUGGUGUGCUGUACGCUUUCUGCCUUCAUUUACCAAGCAGCUUUUUGGAAAAUGUCUUUUCUGUCCGGAGUUUAAUCAGAAGGGGAAUUUUUUUCUUUUUUGCUCUUCCAUCUUUUUUCCUUUCUCUUUUAAAUGGAGACGUGAAGCAGUCAUUGGAAUAGAGAUCAAUGCCUGUACGCGCGCGCGUGUGUGCGUGUGUAAAUUGCACAGGGAAAACCACAGGACUUCUGCAAAAUACUGGAUUGAAAAUUGUAAUUCAUCUGCUGCCGCCGCCGCCACUGCCUUUUUCUUUCUUUCUUUUUCCCCCCUCCUUUUUACUCCUGGAUUCUCCGAUUGGAGUUUCUAGGGUUUGACACUUCUUCUGGAGGUGUCUGAAACAGAAGUCUGGGAAUUAAUUUGGAAAUUCUUCUAAUUUUUUCCAACUCCUGAUUCAUUUGGAAGUUUCAGAGCAAAUAUAACUUGAAAAUCCUGAAGAUUUGUGGGAUUUCCCCCCCCUUAUGAGCUUGUUCUGUUUUCACAAAAAGGAAACUUGACAGAGGAGCACACAGUACUUAAAAGACAAGUAAGUUCCUUGCACAGGAAAAAUUACUUUCUGUAACUUUUAAUAGAGCUUUGAGGUUUUACCUAAAAGUGCAUUAGAAUAUGUUUGAUUCCAAAACUAGUAAAUUCUUAUAAGUUGUAAAAUGUGUAGCAGUCGUGGUAGUUACGAACCACAUUCACCUAGAGUAUCUAGAAGAAAGUGCACCUGAUUUUGACUCAGUAUGAGCUUUUUUUUUUACCUUUCAGCAUCACCGAGGAAAUAGAAUAAAAUAAUCUAAAUAAUAACAAUAGCGUGCCUGAUGAAAUAAAAAAGAUACAAACGGAAUUUAAAACAUAAAAAUACUGUGCAUCUCAUACCAAGGGGGAAACACCAAGAAGAAUAAAAUAUUCCAGAGAGACAAGACUCCCCCAGGGUCAAGAAAUGAAAAGCACAUCCAAUAAAAUAACCGGAUUAUAAUUAUUAUUCUGUAUUUUGGGGGGGUGUGGGGUGGGAAAGGGAAUAAGAGGUGGGUGUUGUCACCAUUUGGCUGCUCUCCUUGGUAUUGACUGCUCCCUCCUUUGGGAAUCAUGGCUCACCCUGAAAGAAGAGGGUAUGAUAACCGGGAAAUAGUGAUGAAAUACAUUCAUUAUAAGCUGUCACAGAGAGGGUACGAGUGGGAUGCCGGAGAUCUGAUGGCACCAGCCUCUCCAAGUCUUCCUCCUGUUGUUGCUUCUGCCCCUGCUGUUGGGAUCUUCUCUACCCAGCCAAGACAUACACCUCUGCCUGCUGAACCCCAGGAUUUGGCCACUUCUGCUGCUGCUGCUAGAAACUCACCUUUGCCUCCUCCUCCUGCUGUUGCUGCUGCUGCUACUGCUGCUGCUGGACCUGCUGUCAGUCCAGUGCCACCUGUGGUCCACCUGACCCUCCGUCAAGCUGGAGAUGAUUUUUCUCGAAGGUACCGGAGAGACUUUGAUGAAAUGUCAGGUCAGCUGCACCUGACCCCUGUUACUGCUAGGGGACGCUUUGCCACAGUGGUGGAGGAGCUGUUCAGGGAUGGGGUGAACUGGGGGCGGAUCGUGGCCUUCUUUGAAUUUGGUGGUGUUAUGUGUGUGGAGAGCGUCAACCGGGAGAUGUCGCCCCUGGUGGACAGCAUUGCCCUGUGGAUGACUGAGUACCUGAACCGGCAUCUGCACAACUGGAUCCAGGAUAACGGAGGAUGGGAUGCCUUUGUGGAAUUGUACGGCAACAGCAUGAGGCCUUUGUUCGAUUUCUCCUGGCUGUCUCUGAAGACUCUCCUGAGCCUGGCUCUGGUGGGAGCUUGCAUCACUCUUGGUGCCUACCUGGGACACAAAUGAAUCAGCAAAUAUGCGGUGGAUAGAUAUGCAAAAGGCUCACUAAACUGUAGAAAUAGUAUGCAUUUUUUCAGUGAUAUGUAAUGAAAUUUGGGCGUGGUCUCUCUUUAAAAAAAAAAAGGAAAAAGGAAAACAUUGGAGAAAACUUCUGGGCAAAAUAUUAAAUCAGCUAUUUACUGCCAAAGGGAAAUAUCAUUUAUUUUUACAUUAUUAAAAAAAUUAUUUAUUUAAGACAUUUACAUUUAACCUCCUGUCUUCAGAAACUCUGCCGCUUACAACAAAGUAACACUUACUACGGCUCCACACAGAAUCUCCUGUGCCUAUAAACGCUGAUUUGUUUUAGACCGAGUUGGCUGGACUGACUCAAUCUCCGAAGAACAAACAAAACCGACAAAGGACCUUACUGUUGGGGAAGCGCUUUUUUAGGCUGCUUGAGGUUAGGGAGGUGGGUGCAUUUUAUGUGCAUUUAUUUGCCCCAAAUGGAAGUCGAAUUAUUUCCUUCUGGAAAAAAAACAGACACUUUGCAUAUGAUUUUCAUGGUGCACACACCAUCUGAAGAAGAAAAAAAGGAUACUUUGGGGCAGACUUGUGAUCCAUUAAGAUUCUUCACCCUUCCUCCACCUCCCCAGGACAGCUAUGGGAAAUAGAAUCUUAAACCAUAUAUGAAAGUAUUUUUUUAAGCUACCAAUUGUGCCGAGACAGCCUUUUAACAAUUAAGACAAUACCGUCCAAUACCUUAAACACUGAUUUGUCUGUUCAGAUACUCAGAGAUACAUCUGUCCAAAUACUCCCUAUCUGAGUCGGAAACUGGCUCCUUUGGAACGUCAAGAAAUCAGCGUCAGUGAUUUCUUCAGCAUCAGGGUGUUUGGGGGUUUUGUUUUGGGGUUUUUUUGAGCUACUCACACAGAAACAUCAGGACACCAUAAGUGCCUGUUUCUCCAGGGUAAGACUGCAGCUUUCAGGCCUGUCUUGUGUCCCAACUAAGUGGGCUCAUUCCUGGAACCGAGCCCAUGCAGGCACUGGCCUCCAUGAGGGUUUUUAAACAGUGCAGUGUGGUCUCUGAAUCUUUGGAAGUUAGAAAAGUUUUGAAUUCCAUUGGCAAGUAAAAGAAACGGGUUUUUUUCCAUUCAAGAAAGAACUGUAAGUGGGGCUCUGCUAGGGCCUGUUUAUCAAAUUGUAGAUAAUGAAAUCAAUUUAGGCUCAUUUUUCCAAUUUAAAGUGGAGCUUUGGGACAAAAACCUUUUUUCCCCCCACGUUGGUCAUUCCUUAAGAUUGCAGCUGAAGAAGAAAAAGCUCACAAGGUCGCCACCCAGAUCAUCUCAACAACUUCAGAAAACAGCUUCAGUCCAGGAGGAGGCACAAAGAAGACCCCUUCUGCCUUUGUGUUGGGGAGGGGAGAGAGAGAGAGAGAAAGAGAGAGAGAGAGAGAGAGAGAGAGAGAGAGAGAGAGAGAGAGAGAGAAUAUAAAUGUGGUAAAGAAUGGAAAGCUUUGCUUCCUUUUUUCAUCCAGAUUGUAAAUGUAUCUCAAACAAGGCAGACAGAUGAGGAACAAUAAACUGUACCAAAUACUGUCCAAGCAACAUGCCCAUUUUUGGGGACUGAGCCUCUGACAUAUCCAUGUGGUUUAAAGGCAGGUUUUAAUAAAGAAGAGAAAUGUCAAAAGGAGUGUUGUGGACUAACUGACUUAUGCCUAUGGAAUUUGAUGGUAAAACUCAUUAGCUCAUCAUUAUUAUUAUUUGUUCUUAUUUGAAAACCUGGAAGGGGGAGGGAAAAGUUCCAGGUAUGGAAUGUGGAGAUUAUCUGCACAUCCUGGGAGCAAGGAAAAGAGAAGGGAAAAAAAUGGUGGUUAAAACGAUAGAGGAAUCUCAAAAGAGAUCUGACCUCCAGCUAAUAAACUAGAGAAGAAUUUGUUUUUCGUUUAGAUUUCACUCUGUGAUGUACCUGAAAUACAUUUGAGGCAUUAUGGCAUUAUAUACCAUUUAUCUGUAUUAACUAUGGAAUUUAUUUUGUUCAAUGUUUAAUGCUGUAGUUGUGUUUUCAAAGCUGCUUUUUUAAAGAUAGUGCAUCUCAGCAUUUUAAAAUGUUUUAUUUAGUUAUGGCCUCUACACUAUCUGUUAGCAAGGAUGAGGAUUUUCCAUUUGAAGUUUUGUAUUUUGACUCUCCAGAAACUCUUAACAGCACUUCCUGUAGCCUUUGGACCUUGGACUGCUGAAGAAGAGAGAAAUGUAGCUUUUAUGGGCAUUCAUCUCAACAUGUAAUGUUAUGUACCUUUGCUUUGAAACAGAAAUGUUGAAACAAAGCAAAACAACAUUUUCUGUGGUUCCCCCGGACCUUGUUCCUUGCAGCUUUACUUGACCUGGGCAAUUCCGAGUUUAAUAACUCAUUUAAUAACUUGUUAUUUGAGAUAACAUGCACAUUUAGCUAUAACCAUGGGGUCCAUUUGGAUGAAAAUCAAGGAUAGAGAUUUUCUAGGGCCUUAUAGCAAUUAAGAAUCUGGCCCUGGAAGUGUUUGACUUUUACAAAGUUACAUCAAAAUGGCCCAUUUCAAUCCAGGUACCAAGUAAAGCCAUGGGAGCUGAUUUAAAUGGGCCAUUUUUCUUGAGAGUUAGUAGCACUUAUGGGUUCACACUUGGAACAGAAUAGACUUGUAGAGUGGAAAAUGGCAUGACUUAAAAGUCACUAUUCAGAACCAAAUCAGUAAAGAAGAUGAAUUAAUUUUUUGGUUUCAAUUUUGAAAUGUUUUAUUAUUUUGUGAAAGGUUUACAUUAUCAAAAGUGGCAAAUAUUGAACCGAAAGCCCUGUGCUGCUAUGCCAACAAGAUCACCUGCAUGGAGUUGGUUUUAUAUUUCACUCCAAGUGUCAAGAUUCUCCAAGCUGCUUUAUAGAAGUAAUAUGAAGUACCUUAUGGACAUUUAAAAGAUAAAGUCUGAUUAGUGUCUGAUUGUCUUUGUGGUUGUUAUUGUUAUUGUUCUUUUUUUAAAAAAACCUGGGCUUCCCAGUAUAUUAGUAAAGUGUAUAUAUAUAUGUAUAUAUAUAUAUUAAAAAAAAGUCAUGGUGGUUGAAGUUUGUUUGUUUGUUUCUUGCUGUUGGGGUUCUUGUUUUCUGGUAUUCCCCACAGAAAACUUUUGCCACCUGACUCUAGAAUUGUACAGUAUUGCCAUGCCUGCACUUGCUCAGAGACUAGUUGAUAAUGUAUUUCUUAUUGUUAAACAUACUAGAAAUGAUGAAUGUAUAUAAAAGUCUGAACUAAUCAAAUCUUUUUCUCCCUCUUCUUUACUAGCGUAUUGUUCUCUAUUUCUAUUCCUUUGGGCAUACCCUCACUGAAUCAUUUACACCUAAUUUUUAUGUGAAACACAUACAUACCUCACACACACCACACACACACACACCCCUCACACUAAAUGUUGGCUAAUAGCCAUUCUUCCAUCCUUGACAAAAAGUGAUUCACAUAUUGUCUAGGACAGAGAUAUAAAAGAUACACAUUUCAACUGGGACCAUUGGCAUUAAGAAAAAGCUAUGAGGGAAAGAGCACUCCACUGUCUUCAUGAAUAAAUAAACCCUUAUUUCCUAAAGGCUUUGAAAAUCUUUCAUGUAGAAAAGGACCACUUCUACAUUAAAGAACCUUUAGCAUAGAGGAAGAAAAACGCUGUGUUGGUUAGUCAACCAAGUUGUACCAGCCAAAAUAUUCAUAAAGGGCAGAAAUUAUUUUUAGACUCUUUUUGUGGAAAGUAAAGUUCAGAAAUGUAGCAAGUACUCAGAAAAUUCUGGGAGUGGGGGGGGUGGGGGUGGAACCCAAACAUAAAACAAGAGCUUGCUCUCAAAUCUCUAUUUCACUUUGUAAGUUUCAGACAUGCCCACUGAUUUAGAAAUGGUUUUUAAUCACACAGUCAAUCAUCAAGCAUUUAUUGAACAUUUCCUCUCUUCCCCUUAGUAGGUGCAAUGAUAAUAAAAUCAAAAGGGAUUAAGAAUCAUGUUUAAAAGGGAAGGAUCAGGGCCCUCCCAGCAAUACGACAUCCAGGACUGACUAAAUUUUCAAGAGUCUAGUAAUGCUUAAUUUGCCUUGAAGCAAACAAUUAAAAACCUCCACCUUAAAUCCUGAUUUAACCUGUUCAGUCCUUUCAAGGUUGUGCCUGUGGUUACUCUUUCUUAUCACUUAACAUUGAAUGAUUUACAUGGGCCCAGUGAAAAACAGAGGAAAGCCUUUGGAAAGUAAAUGGUUCUAAGGAUAUUAGGGAACAGAGUUGAAGCUCUGAUUCCAAUUUUAUCUUUUGGUGUCUUAGGCAACAGGAGAUGAAUGUAAUUGCCCAUGUAAAAAAAAAAAAACAACCCAACAACCACUCCCCUCCCCAACGCACAGAUCUCAAAUACAAGUCCAUGUAGAGUCCAAUCAGAUGAUUCUUGUUACUUUGAAUUGCAUAUGUAUUUAGGAGUUUUUAUUGUAAUAAUGCACGGGGGGGGGAUUAACAGUAACAUAUCAACAUUUAUUGAGAUCAAAUUAGUUUUUGUUUGUUUUUGGUUUGGUUUGGUUUUUUUUUGUUUGUUUUUUGCAGGGCAAUGAGGGUUAAGUGACUUGCCCAGGGUCACACAGCUAGUAAGUGUCAAGUUUCUGAGGCUGAAUUUGAACUCAGGUCCUCCUGAAUCCAGACCCGGUGCUUCAUCCACUGUGCCACCUAGCUGCUCCCUGAUCAAAUUAGUUUUAACAGAUGAUUUACAGAAUAAGCAGACCUGACUAAUUUACUGGAAACUAAAUAUGGAAAAAUUGAAAUAGAACCUUUACUAGUACUAAAAAAUAAUAUCACAUAAUAAUGAUCCAAUGUGAUAAGUGAAUGUGUAGCAUCUAAGAGCAUUUUGCCACUCUCAUAUACAGCUCAACUGGCAGUGGAAUUGGAAGUUCAUUUCAGUAUGAUAGUCUUGAUGAUAAAAAACAACAACACACACACACACAAAACUCCCUUAGAAAUUACCACUGGAUGUAAAUUUGCAUUGCAGGUGCGUGUGGUAGGUAUUUAAACAGUUGUUUGUUUCAACCAGUAGGAUAAUCAAUGACACAGCCUACCUUAUAGUAGGGACAUUUUUUCCCCUUAUUUGCUUUUAUAGAGCAUGAUGAUAAGGAUGACAAUGUAAAUCAUGAUUCUUUCUCAUUAAACGGAGUAAAUGAUGAUACCAGUCAGUUAGGUAUGCAAGACAGAAGUAUCCUUUUAUGUGAUCUGGUCCUCUCUUUCAUGUUCACUCAAUGUAUAGGCACUUAAAAGCAAGUCUCCCCUGUCACAAUGGGAAUUGGACAUUGUGGAUGGUUCAGCAGAAAUUCAUCAUAGCUCUCAGAAAAAUAACUCAAAAGUGUCUCUUCUGCUGCUGGUAGGUAAAACAUGCCAUCUCUGUAUGUAAUACCCAGCACAUUAAUGACAUCAAAGGCUGAGACAGAAACUGGGUAUCCUAGUCACUUGUAUCAAGGUACAAGGGUUGUGACCUUGUAGAUAGAUGAUAGAGCUAUUAUGGCAGUGAUUCUUAAGGCUGUGUUACUACAAGUUGACUCCAAUGCAAGUGGGCAUUAACUCUAUGCAUUUCCAUUUUUUCCUUGGGAAAAAGUUUAUAGCUAGUUUGCUUGAUGGAAUGUAAUACAAUCUUCAUUUAUAUUGGCCAGGUUAGCAUUGUGAAGUGGUUGUAGCUGGUCUGAUUUCCUUUGGGGAACCUAAACAGCUGCAUUCAUUACAAUUUUUUGAAGCCUUCAAAAUAUCGAAAUACUAUCUGCUUGGACUCUUCCCCCACCUUAAAUUAAACUUUAUAUAAUUCAACUUUAUGCUGAAUGUUUUGACUUUUACCUCCCAGGAACUCCUCUAAGUUUUCUGUUUUUAACUUGGGAAUUGAGUUUUCAUUAUCACCAGCAUAAUUGUACAUAAAGCAAAUUUUGUUUACGCAGUACCUUGGAUAUAUAUGUAUGUGAAAGUAAAGUAGUUUUCCAGUUUGCUACCAUUAAAUACAAUGGCAUUGUUUUUAUGUUAGUUGUUUGGGGGGGGAGGGGGAAUCACAUUGCCAUUAAAUUUGUUGUGUCUGUCCAGUUAUUAUUGUGAAACAAGAAAAAUAAA